AUUUGCGUGGUAAUUAUCAUUAACGAGCAAGCAGUUACUUUUCUUUUCUGUUUUCAAUCAUGGAUUCAAGAGUAGUUCAAAGUGUAGUGCAUGAGAACGAUGAACAUUACCCCCACAUUGUUGCCUUAGAGCAAGUGACACACGGUGCAGAAGAAGACCACUUUGAUCAUGAGAAGAAGUCUGUUCUGAAUAAGGUCAAGGCAAAGGCUAAGAAAAUUAAGGACACGAUUAAGAAGCAUGGCCAUCAAGUGCUUGAUCGUGGUCAUGAGUAUAACAAUGAAGAUCAGCAUACCCUUGAUGAUCAUGACUUAGACGAGGAUGAUGAAAUGGCUGAAGACCCACAAGUUCAUAAAACACCAAUUCAUGAAAGUGAAGAUGUUAAAACUGCAACACCUACAUCUGAGCAAGUCGAAAAUUUGGGGAAGUCAGGAAUUGAUUCUGGAGGCACAAGAGGUACAACAGUUAUGGGAGAGGAACCCCGUCAUGAUGCACUACUUGGAGGUGUUUCUUCAACUACUGAAAUUGAUCAAAACAUAGCCACUGACUCAGCCAAAACAUUUUCUGUGGAAGAAAAGGCAGGGCCACCAAAGGACAAUUUAGAGAAGUCAAUAGGCUUGGACUUGGAGGAAGAGCCUCACGCUCCAGGAAGUAGACCUGAGGCAUAUCCCCCUACCAAUUAUCAAACCAAAAUCACUGAUCCAAGUGUGAUAGGAAAGGAUGAAAUAGAAGAAAUCACACCAGUUGAGGAAUCUUUUGCAAAAAUGAAUAUGCAUGAUGAGCCAAAACCUACUCCAGAACCAAAUAUCCAAGCAACUGUUGUUGAUUCUGAAUACCCUCCUGUUGGAAACCACGAUCAGUUUGUGCCACACCUCUCUGCUGCAACACAAACUCAGUAUCCUUCUGCUGAAAGUCAUGAUCAGUUCAAUCAGGAAACAACAUCCACAAAUAUCAACAGAAACCUGGUAAAUCCCACAGAAACUGGACAAACUUUCAACACCAUCACAACCACAAUUGAAGAAAAACCACUCUAUGAAGCAAAGACUGAUGAAGUUAUCUCUCCUAAAGAUGUCAUAGCUUCUGAGGCUGGUUCAGGAGAGAAAGAUGCCAUAAAGGACAAGGUGGUAACAAAUAAAGAGCAACAAAAAAUUGGGGAUGCUUCUAACAUGUCUGGCUCAACUGCACAACAUGGAAAGAACAUUGCUCACUCUCUGACUGAGAAAUUAGCUCCAGUUUAUGAUAAGGUUGCAGUGGUAGGAAGUGCAGUGAAGUCCAAAGUGACUGGAACUAGCACUGGUGGUGUUGGAACUGAGACAAAGAAUGAGGUUUCUGUGAAGGACUAUUUGGCUGAGAAGCUAAAGCCUGGUGAAGAAGACAAGGCACUUUCUGAGUUAAUUUCAGAAGCUUUACAUAAGAAAAAGGAAGAGCCAGUGAAAAAUGAGGAUGGAAACUUGGAUGACGGCAAUGAUAAAAUGUGUGAAGAGUCCAGGGAAAGGUGUGGUUGGCAAGCUUAAGGGUGUUGUUGGCUCUUGGUUUGGCAAAGCCGAGGAAAAAGGAGGUGAAGAUUUAUCCAAGAAUACAAAUUCUGGUGCAGAAGUGGAACAGGUUCACCAGGUUGUAGGUGAAAUCAAGAGUGGUCCAAUUGAAGAACAAGGGACUGGCUGAAUUUCUUCAUGGACAUUGGAUAAUACAUGUGUGCUGUGCUUUCCUUGUGAUUAGAUAUUUGUAUAUGUUGGAUUCAUGUGUAAGUUAUUAUAUGUUUGUGUAGAUGUGGAAUUUACAUUAUGAUAUCGUUGUACUGGAGCCGAGAAUGAGACUUGGUUAUUACAAGGUUAAAUGUAAAAAACAGUGGCAAUAUAUAAUUGUUUUCUGUGAUUGUAUUUUACUUAAUUCAAUGUCCCAUGGUAAUGUGUAUUUUUCUUUUUCCA